UUUGUUAUCAUAAAGUACAGCCAAUCCGAGAAUAGAUCUCAUCUGUUAUAUUAUUUUAUAUUUAAAGACAAAAAUUAAUAAGAUAUACUGGUAGUACCGGUACUACAGUGUUGUAGUAGUAUAAUAUAUAAUUUGUGUUUGGAAUUAGAAACUCAGAAUCUUGAGGGGGGUUUUGAUUCUUUUUUGUGGUUACUGUGAAAAUUUUUCCUUUUUAUCUUCCUCAAUUCUGGGUUUUCUAUUUUGCCAUCCUCAGUUAGAAAGCUAUAUUGCUGGAUAAGAUAAGCAUCUUUUUUUCUUUCCCUCACGGUCCAAGGCCUUACAGUCCGUCACAUAGUAAAUUUGGAGUUUGCUGGGAGAGGGUUCUUCUUAUCCCAAGGUUCUUAAUUUUCUGUUGAUGCAGAAUUUUACUACACAGUUUCUAUAGAUUUGACAGUGGGUCUCUGUCUUUAGCUGGAAUUAAGAAGGAAGUGAGACCCACAAUUGGUCACUGUUUCUUGGAUGAGUUUGCUCCAUGUAUUUGGGUUUGGUUUAAAGGUGGGGCAUCUGCUUUGGAUGUUAUGUUGCUGGGUAGCAUCUAUGAUUUCCGUGAACUGGUUCAUUAAUGGUGAUUUUAAGGGCGCUGAGGCAGUUCUCCUUGGUCAUAGUGGUAGCAAGAUGUGGUUGAAAUGCUGGGACAAGUUCUCAAACUAUAGCUUCAACAUCCACCAUCAAUAUUAUCAGUAUGUGGGUUCCAAGAGAAUUAGCAAGACUUGGUGGAGAAAGCUCUUGUUUUCAUGGAUAAUUGGUUGGAUUUUGGCUUCUAUUUCUAUAUUCUAUUAUAUGAGCUUUCAAGCUACCGAAAAGAGGAUGGAGACAUUGACUAGCAUGUGUGAUGAGAGAGCUAGGAUGCUGCAGGAUCAGUUUAAUGUAAGCAUGAACCAUAUCCAGGCCAUCUCCAUUUUGAUCUCAACUUUCCACCAUGGCAAAACCCCCUCGGCUAUUGAUCAGAGGACUUUUGCGAGGUAUACGGAACGAACUGCUUUUGAGAGACCUCUUACAAGUGGUGUGGCUUAUGCUGUAAGGGUGCUCCACUCGGAAAGGGAACAAUUUGAGAAGCAACAGGGCUGGACUAUUAAGAGGAUGGAUACCCUUGAACAAAACCCAGUUCAUAAGGAUGACUACAAUCCUGACCUCUUAGAACCAUCGCCAAUUCAGGAAGAAUAUGCUCCUGUUGUCUUUGCGCAGGAUAUCGUAUCACAUGUGGUUUCUAUUGAUAUGCUGUCAGGACAGGAGGAUAGCAAGAAUGUAUUGUGUGCAAGAAAAUCAGGAAAAGGGGUGCUAACAGCUCCAUUUAGGCUACUCAAAACAAAUCGUCUUGGAGUUAUUUUGACAUUUGCGGUCUACAAGAGGGAUCUGCCGUUGAAUGCAACUCCUACUGAGAGGAUUCAAGCUACUGACGGGUAUCUUGGUGGAGUGUUUGAUAUUGAGUCACUUGUGGAGAAGUUGCUACAACAGCUUGCAAGUAAACAAACAAUCCUUGUGAAUGUGCUGGAUACAACUAAUCAGUCGUACCCUAUCAGCAUGUAUGGCUUGAACGCAUCAAAUGACGGGUUGGAGCAUGUCAGCCUCCUUAAUUUUGGAGAUCCAUUCAGAAAGCAUGAGAUGCGCUGCAGGUUUAAGCAAAAGCCACCAUGGCCAUGGUUAGGAAUAACCACUUCAAUUGGCAUCCUUGUGAUUGCAUUACUUGUUGGGCAUAUAUUCCAUGCAACAGUAAAUCGAAUUGCCAAGGUGGAAGAUGACUGCCAUAAGAUGAUGGAGCUUAAAAAGCAGGCCGAGGCAGCUGAUGUUGCCAAAUCUCAGUUCCUUGCAACUGUUUCCCAUGAGAUCAGAACCCCAAUGAAUGGUGUUCUAGGAAUGUUGCAUAUGCUUAUGGACACAGAUUUAGAUGUUACACAACUAGAUUAUGUUAGAACUGCUCAAGCUAGCGGAAAGGCUCUGGUUGCACUUAUAAAUGAGGUCUUAGAUCAGGCUAAAAUCGAAUCUGGUAAGCUAGAACUUGAGGAAGUGCAGUUUGAUCUACGAGCAAUCUUGGAUGAUGUGUUGUCACUCUUUUCUGGGAAGUCUCAGGACAAAGGAGUAGAGCUGGCGGUUUACAUUUCUGAUCAAGUGCCUCAGAUGCUAAUUGGUGAUCCUGGGAGAUUCAGACAAAUCAUUAUCAAUCUCAUGGGAAACUCGAUUAAAUUCACAGAGAAAGGACACAUCCUUGUUACAGUUCAUCUUGUGGAAGAGGUGAUUGAUUCAAUAGAAGUUGAGACAGAAUCUUCAUCAGAGAACACCUUGAGUGGUUUUCCUGUUGCAGAUAGACGCCAGAGCUGGAAAGGGUUUAGAACUUUCAGUCAAGAAGGAUUCAUACAUCCUUUCUCUCACAGCAUUAAUCUUAUCGUGUCAGUUGAAGAUACAGGAGAAGGAAUCCCUUUAGAAGCACAGUCUCGUGUUUUCACCCCUUUUAUGCAAGUGGGCCCUUCUAUUUCUCGAACACAUGGGGGCACAGGUAUUGGACUAAGCAUAAGCAAGUGUUUGGUUAAUCUGAUGAAAGGAGAAAUCGGUUUUGCUAGCAUUCCUAAGAUUGGAUCGACCUUUACAUUUACUGCUAUUUUCACCAGUGGCUCCUCUAGUUCAAAGAAGUACAAGAGCCAGCAAAUCAACAAAAUGUCUAACUCUGUUUCCUCCGAGUUUUAUGGGAUGAGAGCAUUGGUUAUGGAUCCUCGACCUGUUAGGGCCAAGGUGUCAAAAUAUCAAAUCCGACGGCUAGGAAUCCAUGUUGAAGUGGUUUCUCAAUGGAAACAAGGUUUAUCCAGCAUAUGCAGGGGGAGUAAUGCUAUAAACAUGGUUAUCGUUGAACAGGAAGUUUGGGAUAAGUAUCUAAACAAUUCAACUCUCUUUUUCGAUACCUUGGAGAAAAUAGAUUAUGGUACUCCUCCAAAGGUUUUCCUCUUGUCUAAUUCUAUAAGUUCUUCCGGAGCAAAUAUUAGUACUGGUGUUUGUAACAUGACUGUCAUCCCAAAACCCUUGAGGUCUAGCAUGUUAGCAGCAGCUCUACAACGCACCAUGGGUGUUGGGAACAAAGGGAAUCCCUGUAAUGGGCAGUUAAAUAGCUUGUCUCUUCGAAAUCUUCUUCUUGGGAGAAAAAUUCUAAUCGUAGAUGACAACAAUGUGAAUCUAAAAGUAGCUGCUGGUGCAAUGAAGAAAUACGGAGCAGAUGUGGUUAGUGCUACAAGAGGAAUAGAAGCUAUUGAGCUGCUCACACCACCUCACCAGUUUGAUGCCUGUUUCAUGGAUAUCCAAAUGCCGGAAAUGGAUGGGUUUGAAGCUACAAGGAGAAUUCGGGAUAUGGAACAUAAUAUCAAUAAUCGUAUUCACCAUGGCGAAUUAUCAGUGGAAGCUUAUAACAACGUUUCAAACUGGCAUGUAUCCAUUUUGGCUAUGACUGCAGAUGUUAUCCAAGCUACACGUGAGGAAUGUCUGCGGUGUGGAAUGGAUGGAUACGUGUCAAAACCAUUUGAAGCUGAACAAUUAUACCGGGAAGUUUCACGUUUUUUCCAAUAGGCAUGGGAGCACAAUCUGUUGGAAACACUUGUGCAUAUGACAGGCCAAUGGCAUCAGUAGGAAUGCUUGUACUCUAGCAUACUCAGGAUAUUUGAUUCUUUCACGAAGAAUCGUCUGUUUCAUAGCAGGAGUGUAAAUAGAAUGAUGCAUGUAUCAAAAGCCUGUCGAUUUUCUUUUCUUUGUGAAUUGGGAUUUCUGUGCAGUUAAAGAACUUUUUGAUAUAUAACUUUAGGGUUAAAUAAAAGGAAAACAAAUUACGCAUUGGAAAGGGAUGGAAGAAAUUGCUUCCUCUUAGUGUGACAGACAAAUUCUUAGUUCAAAAGCUUGAAGAUUUGCUUGCUUUCACGGCAACAGAAGGGGAGAUUGUACCUUUGUAUAUGUUUGCUGUAAUAAAAAUAGGCUUUAUUUUGUUUUAACAAUGUUAUUUCGUACAGUGACAACAAUACUCUCAUGAGCCAUCUAAAUUUCCUUUUUUUAUUUUAUAUAAUUAAGGCAAGUAAUUAUUAUUUAAGUAAUAUAUAUAAAAUAUUCUAAAAAUCUUUAAAA